AUGCUUGAGGUAUAUAUGAUGGGCUUGAUUGGUGCCACAGUUCACACAGGUUGCAUGCUAAGAGUGGUUUUCUGUAAGGAUAAAAUAAUCAACCAUUACUUCUGUGAUCUUCUUCCACUACUGGAGCUCUCCUGCUCCAGCACUUAUAUCAGUGAGCUGGUACUUUUGUGCCUCAGUGCAGUUAAUAUUAUUGCACCAACCUUGGCGAUUCUUGGCUCCUAUGCCUCCAUCAUUGCCAGCAUUUUGCAAAUCCGCUCCACUGAGGGCAGGUCCAAAGCCUUCAGCACAUGCAGCUCCCAUAUCUUGGCUGUGACAAUCUUCUAUGGCUCUCUAACAUUCAUGUACCUGCAGCCAGCAAAUGUCAGCUCCAUGGACCAGGGAAACGUGUCUUCUGUGUUUUAUACCAUUAUUGUACCAAUGCUGAACCCCUUGAUCUACAGCCUGAGGAAUAAGGAUGUCAAAGUUGCUCUAAAUAAAAUCAUUGAGAAAAGGCUAUUUUGCAUUAGCAAAGAUUUAUAA